GGGCUUGCAAGGAACAUAGGAGCUGAGUGCGAAGCGAGAGCACACAGCACUGACCAGUGUUGAUAUGGAUGAAUGAUAAUUGAUAACUUGGUGCGUUGUGGCUGUUGUUAUUGUUAUUUGUUAUUCUUUUCACUUACACAGUUUGUUCCUCCAUGUUAUACUUCCAUUACACUCCCUCCCACUGGACCUAUUAUUACGUAGUGAUAUUUCUGCGCCACUCUAUUUAGAGCUAAUGGAUUAUGAAACGCGUCUCACCGGACUAGAAGGCUUCCAUUAAGCCGCAGACGAUUAGUGAAAUCGUGAUCUAAACUCUGUUGCGCAUUGUCAGGAUAUCAGUUGAUCUCUCCAAGUGAAGAUUACUACGCGGACAAAUCACUCACAAAAUGAGCAUGUGUAAGUGUUACCGCCUGAAACUCAAAGAGUGCCGCAUGAAAAUCAAGGACAUGCUCCGCCUGCAGGAUCUCAUCCUGACCAAAUGGAUUCAUUGCGCGUGAACGACAUGUACUACUCGAAGGUCGUCAAGGUCAUCCUUUCACUGACCUUUCGUAAAUUAAUGUCCUGGUGAAUAGUCCAAAUUAAAAAUUGGAGUUUCAUUAUUCAUAUGCCUCUGUGUAUAUAUAUAAGAUUUGUGUGUAGACUAUACAGGAAUAUAACGUCUGUGUACUCCAAAGAGGAUUAUUAGAUUCUGUUUAAAAAAAUAUUGGAAAUUUAUUAUUUAUAAAUAGAAUGUAAUAUUUGUAUUGUACUGUCGAGGUUUCAGUUUGGAGUGUGUUAUAAACAAGUGAUUAAGUGUCUAUGGGUGUGAGUGAGUUUCAAAUCAAGGAACACAAAUCAUGUAGUAUUCAUGCCCGCUGGGAGACUGCGCAUUAGUUUCCUAAGACACUUCAAACAAACCAGCAGGCAGAGGAUCUUCUGCGCCUAUCUUUACGUCAGCAUUACUGUGACACUGGGCAGCUGGACGUGGCCAGACUGCAAGCAGCCACUGGCCAGGCACAAGACAAAGCCAAAGAUUGCCUAUCUUUGCGUGUUUAAAUGUUACAAGGGAGACCUGGUGUCUGCCAGAAAGACAGCGUAACUCUGUUGAGACACUUCUUCCACAGCGAAGACAACACAGACAACAAAGACUUGUCUUCUACUUCCGUUGAAGCAUAGCUCACGUCAUCAUCGGCUCGCAGGUUUUAAGUUUUUUUCUGUGUUUUUUUUUACAAUUAUACAUUUCUUCAAGUGUGAGCUCUAGAGUGACUGUAUAGUGAAUAUAUUUAUACAUUCUUGAAAUUUUCUUUUUGGUGAAGCCAGUUUUAAGAAUGGGAAGAGCUCGUCGUAAAAAGCCAUUUUCAUAAUUUCUUGGAUUGUGUUUUAAAACAACUACAGCGGUAUCUUAAUGCAGAUAAUUUAGAGAUCGAUCACAUAUGGGAUGACAGUUAAUUGAUGAUAAAUCCAACUUGGUUCUCAGUUUGUUCUAGCCUGGUGUCUAAAGAAUGAAACAUAGGAGAUGUUAGUGCGCUGGUCAACAUGUUAGUACGUUAGUCAACAUUGAAAUGUGUGGACACUCUCGUAACACUGGACGUAAAGACCUUGAAAUAAAAACUCAAGACAGCCAAAACGUGUUAGGUCGACCUUGAAGUUGACCUUGUCAGAAUGUCUGUGGCCACGCCGCAGUCGUGGGAAAAAAGCACUACCAAUUUUAGCGCCAUCGUUGCAGAAUUGACCCAGAUGAUGGCCAUCGAUAACACCACGCUCUUCUCUUCCGGCUUCAUGGACAACAUGAGCUCCUCCUACAUCACCGACAUGUGCAACGGCACGUGCUCAGGCAACGGCUCCAACAACGGGACGUCCAGCAAAGCAGACGAUCCCGGGCAGGUCUACUCCAUCGGGGUGACGGUCAUUCUGGGAUUGCUGGUGGGUAUCGUUAGCCUGGUGACUGUCCUGGGUAACAUCACGGUGUUGCUGGCCUUCGGGUUAGAGCGCACCAUCCGGCAGCCAACCAACUACUACUUAGCCUCCUUGGCUGUGUCGGACCUUCUCAUUGGGACGUUCUCAAUGCCGCUGUACACGCAAUACUUGCUCAUCGGGAGGUGGCCCCUAGGGCCUUGGCUGUGUGACCUCUGGCUGUCGCUUGACUGGACGGUGUGCCUUACCUCUCAGUACACCGUCUUUCUUAUUACAAUGGACAGGUUCCUCAGUGUGAAAAUCCCGGCGAAAUAUCGCAACUGGAGGACGGAAAGAAAGGUCAUGGUCAUGAUCUCGGUCACGUGGAUCCUUCCCGCGUGCGUGUUCUUUACCACGAUCAUCGGCUGGCAGUUCUUCGUAGGGAUACCGGAAAAGAAAGAGGGAAACUGCGAGGUCCAGUUUAUGAGUGACCCCCUGUUUACCUUUCUCCUGACAAUCGGUUACUAUUGGAUAACUCUAUUUAUCAUGAUCGGUCUCUACGCAGGCAUAUACAAAGUGGCUUUAGACCUGCAGAGAAAGUCGGACGAGAAGCAUAAGAAGAUGCAGUCCACCAUGGAGUUGGCAGGCGACAACCCAAACGCCGCCGUGCGAAGCUUUACUCACGAGCACGAUGGCGCCAGCAACAACAACAGCAGCGGGGCGGGCGACAGCCAGGCGCCCCAGCUCAAAGCCAACAAGAAGAGCAAGAAAAAAGUGCUGGAACACAGUAACUCUAGAAAGUCAGUCAAAGCGGGGCUGCCCGUGCCGCCCGGUACCCAAGCAGUGAACACCACCAGCUUCAGCACUGCUAAACCAGAGGACAAAGAUGAGGACAGGUCUAGCAGCCCCGCUUUCGCCUCUGAUGACGACAACAGCAGUAGCGGGGGAGCGGUGGGCACGGCGAAGUCGCCCCAGAGCCCCGCCGUUUAUUCCGGGAAACCUCACCCUACCGGUGGAAUAGUAAACAGCGUAUUGUACGCCAACACUGGGGGUCUGGUUCGCUCACUGCACGGGGAUUUAUUCUUUGGGCAAACCUCGGAUGCUCCUGGAACUCAAAAUCUUUUGCAACCCCCUCCUCCGUAUUCGACGCUCGACGUGAAGAACGUGAGCGACACCGGAUCCGACGUCGAGGGAAGUCAGCUGUUGGAAUUUGACAGCGUUUACUCUUCCUCCGCCUCUGAUCGCCUUGAGAAACAAACCACGCCCCUGCUACAGAACGAGAUUUUAAAAGGCUGUCGGUUUAUAGACGAGAAAAGCUUUAUGGCCACACUUAGUUCCGAGAGUGCCGCCUUGCUUCCGGUCAUCACGGGAGAAUCCGAGCUGGACGACUCGGACGUCAACGACCUUCACGCCUCCUCUCCCAUAUGGAAAAGGAGGACCUCUCUGCCUCCUCUUGCCACGGAUGUAUUUGAUCUGGAUGACGACGCUAGCGACUGCCUGAUCAGCACCGAUUUCCCCACCACGACAAGCAACAUGAACGCCAGCAACGUAACUCCUGUGUACUCCAACAGCAAAAACAAUCACAAAGGGCAGAGGCCCCGGGCCGACACUGCCAACACGCUCACCUCCACAACCACCGGGGCCGACACUGGCACCGACGACAGCAGCGGGAACAAAUCCAGCGAGGCGCCCCACGGGGCGCACUCGGACGGCCAAGGUAACAACUGCUCCAAACAGCAACUGUCCGACACCAACGAGGACAGCGGGCGCUCCGACACCAACUGUCUCUCCGCCGUCCGCCGCCGCCAAAACAAAGACACCAGACUUCACACCUUCGUCAAAUCCGUCAGGUCUAGAAACAGCAGAAGACGAAACCGGCGGGAAAGGAAGUCAAAAUCAGAGAACAGGGCGCGCAAGGCCUUGCGGACUAUCUCAUUCAUUCUAGGCGCUUUCUUACUGUGUUGGACGCCCUAUCAUGUAGCCAUCUUGAUACAGGCCAUCGACAGUAACUGGGUAAACCCUGUCUUCUAUUCCUUCAGUUACUGGCUUUGCUACCUAAACAGUCCUAUUAACCCUUUCUGUUACGCGUUCGCUAACGUUCAGUUUAAGAGGACAUUCCUUCGUAUCAUGAGAUUCAACUGGCACAGGACAUGAGAAUGGCUAGUUCAUAGCACGUGUAACUUACUCUAUAUUUAGAAACAAUUAUCUGAACUAUGCUGACCGUUUGAAUGACGACAUAUCUAUUAGACCACCAUAGAUCAGCGGUUCCCUACCUUAUAAGUCCAAAUGAUCACUCUCGGUAUCUGAGCUGUGGGGAUAUUAUAUACGUGAAACUUGCGAGCAUUCACACACACACAGACUGUUUCUAUUAGAAUUCAGUGAAAUAAGACGGCUACUACACAAUCAAUUCAGUAUAUUCCCUAUAAAGAUGCCGUCUUUAUUAAACGUCUAAAUUCUUCUCUACCAUCAUGUCAAAUCCUUACAACUAUUGCGUCAUCAAUUUGUGUUGUACUAAGCACUUUUUGCUAUUGAAAUUUAAUUUUUAUUACUGAAUACUCCCUGAGUUAGUAGUGUUGUGAUCAUACGAGGAACAACUCUGAUAACUGUGAUACACUCUGUAGGCAUGUAAACAAAUCCCCACCACAUUUGGAUACAUUCAACCAAUAGCUAUAAGCCAAUUUAAUGAGUAACUUAUACUCUGGAUCACACAACACUAAACCUAUUUGACAUUAGUAGCACAUAUAGUCUUGUUAAAGCUUGUUGAUGUAUAUUACGAUGGCCCGAGUUUGUACCUCACUAGAAUUUUUGGGCCAGGAUAUAGUUAUCUAUAUUUCUAAAGGCUAAUCAGAAACUCGGACAUUUUACAUAUAUAAAUUUAGAUUCUUUUAAUUGUAUAGCGUAUACAAUCUUAAAAGAUUUCUAAAUGCUAAAAAAAUGUCAUUGUUACUUUCUUCUCUCAAAACUACGGGACACGUAGACAACAGGAUGGGAACCGCUCUUAUUUCUAUAGAUCCGUUGGUUGUUGUUGUUGGUGGGUUUUUUUUGUUUUUGUUUUGUUGUUUGACCUUGCUAAAUGUGUGUAUAGUUGUUAUUAGCCAUUUCGCUCAUUCAUCUAACUGCAAUGGAACGAAGCUUCUCAAACAUGCGGGCUCAGAAUCUCAUUGCAUCCGCGCAACGCUUAAGUAUAAAGAGCCCUAACCCACUGACGCGUUAUUAAUAUGCACUACAGUUAAGGGGCCCCCCAGUACUACAUUCCCCUCCCAGCUUAGGGUGAGUGAGAUAGAGGAUGUCCUAAUGGUUGCGAUGCAACGGAUUGAGGGGCCCAUGAAUGUAAGUGGGGGGUUCUUGCUAUUGAUUUGAUACAAUGAAUCAAAGCCUUGUUCUGAGACUUUGACCAUUGUGCUGAUACAAGCUCGCCUGUGAUGUCUCACUGAAAGUUUCUUUUUGUUGGUUAUCCUAUUAUUUCAAAUGAAUUGACCCUUAACCUUUCAUGUAUCUUAGCAGUUGUUGUUUUGUAUCAAACCACUUCCCUCCACAACUCAACGCCGUUUGCGUUUUUAAUGUUUUCUCCUCAAGCCGCGUUCACACAAGCCGUAUGUGUCAGAAUCUUUUAUUGACAAUUUCAAAUGCUUGGUUCAGUGAACACAUUUAUUAAACGAUCGGGACCAUUUCUCUUCGUUUAAAUUAGAUCAAAUUAUAAAUAUAACCCGAUUCAUUCGAAAAAGAAAUCUUGCUAUUAAAUAAAAAUAUUAAUCUAGUUACAGAUUUUAUCUACAUUUUUCUGAAUCUACGCCACAGAUACACUUUGACGUCACAAAUACACUGUGACAUCACUAAUACACUCUGACGUGCUGUUGUGAUAAACUCUAAUGAAACUGAAACGGUAGAUACUUAUACUUUGAAUUCAUGUUACAUUGGGACUCAAGAUGAAUGCAAAAACUUGUAACAUCUGUAAGACAGUGUAUCUUCUAAAACCAACCUAUUAAAGCACAUGACUUAAUGCCAAAAAUAAUCAAAUAAUUAGACUACGAACGGCCAUUUUCAUUAUAAUAAUGAUUCCAAGCAGGAUUGAACUCGUCCCUAGUUCUGGUCACAUGACCGUGUUGUCAGCUUGAUAGACUGUGAGGCUAGAGACUUCUGGUCUUUGUUGAUAUUGCAGAAAAAAAACAAUACGGCCAGUUGGAAUGCGCCUUGAUAGCUUUGAACUUGCCAAAUCAACAUGUUAAUUUAUCUUAGACUAGAGAGAGAGAGAGAGAGAGCAAAUGAGUGACUUAGUGAGUCUUGUGUGUAUGUGUGUAUGAGAGAGAGAGAGAGAGAAGGGGAGAGAAGCAAUAGUGUAAACUGGACAAGCUAUCAGAAAUUGUUGAAUGAACUGCGUCCCUCACAAUACAAUGCGUUAUUUACACUAGGUUGUAAACUUACGCUUGGUUUGUACACGUCUCGCAGAUAGUUCAAAUAAAUUUACUAAACUCUUCAUUAUAUAAUCUAUCGACCUGAGAUCUUUAUUUUAACAAAGUUGUUUUAUACAGUCAUUGUUUGGUCUCACCAUUUAGACAACCUAAAUUAGUGGGUAAGAAUAUCAAAUUUAACUAAUGAGUUAGUCGACCCCGCCAUCUGUUGAGUAUUCUAUGGCUUCUCAGUCUAGGUACAGAAUCGACUAAAGAAGAUUUUGACUUUACAAUGAAGCUCUAACAAUAACUCUGACACCCUUACAAGGCUUUCUUUGAUAGGUAGGUGACUCAUUUUAAAACAAAACGAUCAAAACAAUGGUAAAGGGAGAUAAUGAUAUGUACACAUUUUGGUUAUAGACUAAAACAUUACAGUUGUAAAUAUUUCACACCGUGUGCACCAAGAUGGACGAAUAAGAACAUUAACUGUAGAGUGAUCUAGGCUUGUGUAGAAUAGCAAUGAUAGUUGUCCACUUUGUUCUAAUGUUCUGGAAUGUGCCAAAGUAAGUUAAGUUCCCCUUUCAGACGUCACGCUCUAUCAGGUAGAUGAUGUAAAGGUCAUUGUAUCUAUGGCCCAUGGGUAAUGAGGCUGUCACGUGGACAGCAAAACGACCUACCACCUUUACUUUUCACCAACUUAUUUCAGGGUACCCAUUAAAGUAGGGUGGACUCAGAGGCGCCUUACUGAUCCCGAAAUUAAAAAUCCCGGUCUAUACUAGCGUUUUACCUCUAGGUCACCAUGCCCUCGUAUGUCCAAAAGAUGCUAGCGAAAGGUGAGAUGAAGUCAAAUUUGACCUCGCCCUUGACAUAUCUGACCUUUGAUAGGUCGCGUACAAACGGUAUUUUUUAAUUUACUUAGAUGAAGGAGAAACUUUACAUAUUACUAUGACUGGAAACACGGGGAACCAACAUUUCAGCGAUAAUCUCGCAAUCAGGAAGAGUGUUCGAGAUUUCAUAGAGUGAUUCUCGUCUUAGAUCUAGAUAUAAAGAGUAGAAACUGAACCGUCAUUUUGCUUUCACUGCGGCGACUUCCUGUGGUCAGCGUGUUAGUGUCGAAAACGUUGAAUCCACUCUCGUAGAUCUACAAGCAGGUUUAAAAUUACUGGAAUGUCGCUAAUGCGUCUAGGUCAAGGACAUUUACUAAACAGUAUCAUUUAGACCAAACUGAUGUAACCUUAACAGCGCUAUGUUGACCGCUAGACACAAAUUGUUAUGAAUCACUUUUUGGGACGUUUUUUAAUCAUCAUUAAGGUUUAAGGUUAGAGAUUAAGUUAAUCAAUUCACUUUAGUUGGACUUAAAGACUCGGUUAAUUCCCAGUUUGAAGGAACCUGAAAAGAAUGUACAGACCAAUGAGAGCGCGCCUUUCCGCGGCACGAUCUCAAGAAGACGCACUACUUUUUGUUUACGAAGUGCAAACGUUGAUGUGUGAAUCCGCGCGUGUUGAACCUUUCUUGUGUGUUGUCCUCAUGUUUCUAGAAAGCUGAAACUCACAAGCACUCACCGAUAACCAUUCGUUCAUUAGUUUCAUAUUACAAAGUUAAAAGAUAUCAGUAUCACGUCGUCCUGUAUUAACUAUGACAAGCUCCUUUGAUAUCAUGUGUAUAACUCCUCAACUAACGCCAUUGAUUCAGCUGUUACCAUAGAAAUAUGCAUAUAUGUAUGUGCUAUGAAUAUACUUACGUAUAUAAUGUACAAAUGUACACACCUUUUUUGUACAACAGUUUGUGUAGUUAGGCAUUACUACUAUCAGUUGAAUAUGUCCAUUAUGAACAUGAUACUAAUGUGCGUGUAUUUAGUAUGUGCAAUUAUGUAAAUAUAUUCUAAUAAAGAUUUGCUAAAAUUGUGAACUUGCUAAAAGCGUCACCACCAUUUACAUUGAUCAGUUCGAGUAUUUUCUGUUUACAAGAGACUCUCAUUGCAAUUACUUCAUACAUAGUGACCUUAGCUAGCCAUACAAUGAUGAACUGAAAUUGAUAAAAUUACGACAAUAAAAACACCUAGGGGCCAGUGGGAAAGGUAUUAUUGAAAGGUAGCCACAAUUUAGUACUCCUGUGAUGUAGCAAACAUAUAGAACUGUUGUAGCCUUAAACGAGAAGUUUAAUCAAAUGAGUCUAACGAGUCUCAAAUGUAGCUCUAUAGUUCUGAGGAAGAUUUCCAAAUUGGCCAGAACAAAGCUAAACUAAAAACAAAACAGAAUUUUCUCUAGAAGAGUGUAAGGCGUAUCCAAAUGUGUCAGUUUGUUGAGAUUUUAGAUACAUUUGAAGAGUUAGUUUGAGCUUAAAAGUUAGAUACCAUUGGCGUAACUAGGGUGGUGGGAGGGGGGGGGGAAGGUCCAAAUUUGAAAAUUCCCCCGAGCCCCCACUUGAGGGUUUCCCCAAAUGAGUGUCCGAAAUUUGUUUUUACAUUAUCUCAUGAUGUCGAAUGUCAAAAUGCAGGGGCCUCAAAAGAGACCAGGCCCCCCAAAUCAUUAGCUACGCCACUGUUAGAUAUCAAUACUUUGUCGUAAAAUGGUAAAGAGGAAAUGUUUUAGCGUCAUCUUGGAAGCAAGUCAUUCAGGAUCCUCUUAGCUAUUUAAUGGCGUAAGGUGAAUUGGGGCAGUGACUCCAAACAUUUUUCGUGAUGGUGGUCACAAAAGAGACCAUUGGAGCCCAGCCUUAGCCACUUCACUAUGGACCGAGGUCAGAUAUUUCUAAGGGACGGAUAUAUUAGAAGAUAGUAGUCAAAUCAAGUUAAAACUUCUUGUCCAAAGUUUGAUUUGUUGAGGAUAGUAGUUGUAACAAUUCAAAACUUCCUGUCCAAAGUUUGAUAUCUUAGAAGAUAGCAGUAUUGUUCUCUCUUGCUGUAGUAUUAAGUUACAACCUCUUCUCCAAAGUUGGGUAAGACAGUAGUGUAUACCAGAGGGGAACUGAAAGGGGGGGGGGCAUAUAGUUUUAAAUCAGCUUCAUUAUGCACAGAGGGCAGACACAUUUCGAGGGACCGGAUAGCACACCGCCACGGGUCGGAUGUGUCGUACUGUGGGCAUAUUGCUGUACACCUAGAAAUGUUGCAGUAGUCCUUAUUACAACAGUAUAGAAGCUAUAAACCUAACCUUUGAAUGUGUUCAAUACAGAUCAAGCUAUUGGCCCAGUGCGAGAAUGUGGCAUGACAACAGUUUAUAGAUCACCAAAUCAAAGCAAAAAGACUAAGAGAUUGUUCCGUUAAGGACAUGCACGAUGAGAAAAAUCCCAAUUUUUGUAAAAUCCUACCUAAAAAAAGCACCGAUCCUGGUAAAGCAUUCAUCACAAUAGUUUCGAGGCAGGAAUCAUGAUCUAUUUAUGUAUUUUCUUGUAAGCACAUCCAUCAAACAUCCAGGUAGUCUUGUCAUCAUAAUCCUCAAAACAUCUUUCAGAUCAUCCUUUUAUUCUGCUAAGCACAGAAACCAUUCGCUGUAUUAUGUUAUAAGUCAUAGCCAAAAAAAAAAGCUAACAUUUAUAAAUAAUCCAGUCAAUACCGUACCUAUACAUUAGCUGCUUCUCUAUAAUGAUUGAUAUAUUUAUAUAUAUUUAUACAUUUAUAUGCAUGAAUGAUUGAAUAGUAUUGUAGACUAGGAUUGCCUUGUACAUAGCUGCUAACGUCAUAUAUUAUAACUUACUCUACAUAUAUAUAUAGUGUACAAACUUACUUUUUUUUCAGUUUGGAGAGUUCAGUGACGCGGGUAGUUAGGGGCCCUGGACCCCAGCUAUGGUCCUCAGUGACGCGGGUAGUUAGGGGCCCUGGACCCCAGCUAAGGUCCCCCCCCUCCGUAUAUUAGUAUCCAUGUCCAUACGAUUUCAUGCCCCCUCAAUCGUCCAACUAUCAUGAUAUAUAUAAAGUAAUGUCAUUGUAAUGAUACACAUACUAGCUUAUCCUUUUAUAUUAGUGGUUGUGUCCUUUGUCUUAAGCUGCAAGGCUUGUAGGCUACCGUGUACAGGACAGUCCAAGACCUUAGCUUUCAAUUUGCAUUAAUACCAUAGAAACAUCCAGUUUGUGCUAGAUGUGUGUGUGUGUGUGAGAGAGAGAGAGGUCAGAGGUGAAAUGUUAAAAGAUUAAUUUAUUUUAUUUUAUUUCCUAAUUACUUUUAAACCCGGAAGUGACGAGGUGGUUUAUACAGUAACAGACGACUUAAUGUGACUUCUGAAGUCUGAUAUAGAGAAGACAUUUUAAUUUGUAGUGUAACUUCAAUUGCUCAAUCCAUAUCUUUCGUGGUCUUCCUUGUAACGAAGCAGGGGUAGUAAUAGCCUUUAGACAUUAUCCAAUCUCUUUCUCUUUCUUUCUCUUUCAUUCUCUUUUUUUCUCUUUUUUUUUUUUUGUUUCUUUUUCGCUUCUUCAUUUAUUUUACUCUUUCUAUUUUCUUCGACCUUUCUAUUUGUCUUUUUUUCUCUCUUUCUCUUGCACACUUUCUUUCUUUCUCUCUUUCUCUCUAUCUCUCUCUCUUUGAAAGAUCUAGCGUACGUCACUUAUUAAACAGAACAAGUCAACACAAGUAGUAUAUUAUUGAUAUAACAACACCACCAUUCAGGAAUACGACAAAAUAUUCAAAUUCAGGUAGACCUAAUCUAUGUCUUAGACAUCAGGAGGUGGCAGUGCAAUUCAUUGAAUCAAAUAUUACCGGACGUAUACUUUCAGUGCUUCAUUAAAACUUCAAAUCCUUACUUUACCUCUUGCUUGGCGCCCCCGAUGUAAAUGAUUGAACAAUCCCUCAAUAUUAGAAUCCGAUUGACCCUAGCUUGAUGUCACUGGCAUGUGUUUAAAAUCAUUGAAUAUGUGCAUUCCUUCUCAGUGCACUUUGAUCUAGCCAGACGUUAAUCUUGUGUUGGUUUGUUUUGUUGUUGUGACGUCAAGUGUUGUGUUUGAUAAUAGCUUUGUUUUGAUUUGUUUCUCUUAUGUUCAGAAUGUGGGACUAAGUUGCAAGAGAAACAUUGACACUAGACACCCAGCACAUUUACCCGGUGUCUCCUAAAAGCAUUUAAUGAUGAUAUUAUUUGUUUAUAAGCCGAGAUAGAUGUUUAGAGUCAGUGUUUGUCAUUGUCUUCGCCAGCGGGUCUACAUUUAAGGAGCUGUGAUAAAAGGGUCGGAGUUACGCAGAAGCGGACUGGGUGUUGAAAUCGGCCCUGGCAUUUCUAUACAAUCCGGCCCACAAAUUGUAUAUCAUAUGAUGGACAUUUCUAGGUCUACCUGUCCUUAAAAUCAUUGUUAAGUUUGAUAAUGUAUCGAUAACUUAACGCAUGCAUACAAUGAACUCUUUAUAAGAAAUAUAGUAGACCAGCUAGACUCUAUGUUGCUUUUUAAUCGCUAAAAGUGUGGACCCUAAAAGGAUGAAGCCAAAUAGUAGCACUAUCUACGGAUGUAGACUAUUACAUUAUUUCGGAAAAUGUGUUAGAUUAAAUUAGCUUUACACUGUAGAGUCUGUCAAAGUGUUUUUUUAACAUGACGUUCAGAGGGCCCCUUUUACAAGAGAAUAUUAUAUUAUAAGACCUUUAACAAUUUAAUACGUUCUAUAGUGGCAUUCAUGAGGCCCUUUAGGUGGCCCUACCGGCCCAUUUGGGUACCGGCCCACCGGUCAUUUGCCCGAAUGCCCAUUUGGCCAGUUCGCCCCUAGAGUCCAAGACUUUGCUACCGCCAACCAAGGUCUCACGCUUAAUGGGGGCUUUCACAUUUCGAACAUAAUAUUGUUUUAACAAAACAUGCAAUUAAAUAUAAACCAAUAAUGGAACUAGUAUUAAAUGUACUAGCAGUUUAUUUAUUUCUUCACAAAUAGAACAAUCAGUACUAUCUGUUAAUAUAGGUAAGUGUUUUUAUUUUGUACUUUGAAAAUAUUACUUCAGAUGAGUCACGUUCGGGGCCUCAACCUACUCAAAUCUGGCACUGUGUGGGGUUCUAAAACAAUAACUUGGUUGUACAUUUAUUGACAUCUUUGCAUACAGAUUUUAUUAAGUCAUUGAUGAUGAAUAUAGCACAAUCUUGAAUCAUAUUGGACUCACAAAAAUACAUUUUAGAAAUUAGUGCAACAAAAAAAAAAGUUAACACCAAAAACAAUUUUAAGUUUUAAAAAAGCAAAACAUUUGGAAUAGGAGUCUAACACAUUCGAAGUGAUGCAUGAGUUACUAUGCAACAAACUUUUAUCUUUCCAUUUCGCUGUACUGUCUGUCUCAGCGCUCUCUUCUCAACUGACCCACUCCUACACUCAACUCUCUCCAACACACUCAUACCUAAAAACACUUUUACCAAGGAUUUCAUCUAAAUAAUACCUACAAAAGACAAUACACAGUUACACACUUAUUGGUCACUCAAAACAAGCACACUUACUUUAUUAAUGUUUAAUAUAUUUAAAUUCAAUUUACAUACAAUAUAUGUAAAUUCAAUAUUUAAAUCAUAUAUAAGAAUAAAAUCUUUAGAGGAUGUCUGUAUGUAUCUUUUUUUAACAAUUAUUGCUUCAAUUUUUUCUUUUGUUUUUUUUACAUUUAGAAUCAAUCUUAGUUUUAAAGUUCGAUGGUUCAUAGUUUAUAAGCUCAUUGCCUGCUGUGUCUGUGUGAUAAGCCGGCCCUGUUACCCACAGUUGCCACUAUAUGUUUUAUAAUUUCCCAGCCGUAAUACAUCCAUCAUUUUGUUAGCCCCUGUUUGGCCUGCUGAGGGGGGUGGGUGUCCAUAAUUAGUUUUUAUUGAUCUGAAAGUUUGAUUGACAGUAGAUAAUAACCUUUGAUAAAAUAGUUUUGGUGUUUUAUUUUUAGCUCUGCGAGCGCCAAGCUUUUCGAUCAGGCUUCCUCUAGUGGCUCCCUUUUCUCAGUUCUCCUUGACUCUCCCUUGUGGCUCCCACUUCUGACGCCUCUUUGUGACUUUUCUGGUUUUGACUCGCCCUUCUGAUGUCCCUUUUUUUCUUUAAAUAGCUGUCUCUAAAGAACGAUAACUAUUUUAUUAACAAAGAUUUAUAAUAGAUUUGAUGAAAUUUGAUUUGUUAAAUGUAGAUUUAUGCAAUGAGAUAGAGACUUCAAUUUAAACAUUUUCCCUGUUGAUAUGAAAGUCUCAGUUUCAGCACAAUCCUGGUGACAUGCGUUGGUGUGGUACUAUGAUUAGAUCAAUAACAACUAAAAUAUUUGACAUAUCUUCAAAGCUAUACAUAGCAAUACAAUACGAUUCAACCGAUAGUAAGAAAUUCCAAUACAGCGCAUUGCAAAUCACAUAAUAUGCUCUAUUAUCCAAUAUCCGCUGCUGGAAGGGAAGGUGAUCGCAUCUCGAAUAAUAUAAUCUGUACAACCAAUCAUUAGAUCAGUCUAGACAAAUAAAUGUAGAUCAUCUUUUUAUAUCGCAUUUUGGUCAUUCUUGACCAUCUGACCACUCACGACUUAUUUCAACCAAUUGUGAGGUAACAUUUAUAUAUUUUUUCUAUUAAGUUUUAAAAACCCAAAUGAAACUAACGGUUUCCGACCAAGUCUCUAACGUGUGCUUCAUGUAAUCCUUGAAUCUCAUAAAGCUGCCUCAUUUCAAGAGACUGGUUAUGUUCCGUUAGGAUUACUAAUUGAAAAAACAGCUUGACUCGGACCACUCAGUUGAAGUCGAUUUGUUCAGAAGACAGAGCUCUCACUUCUGUCUACAAGAAGUCUAUUUCGAAAUAAUGGCGACUCCGAAAUCAACCAAAUAUUUAUUUCAACAAAGAAGCCAGUGAGUCUACUAAACAGCUCACUUCCCUUCGUUGUAUCUAGCAUGCUCAACACACGUACUCUCUGAAUUCCCUGAUGCCAAUGUGGAACUGUAUGAAAAGUAAUCGAGUUUCGUCUUGGAAUUCCGAUAAUAAAUGUAAUUCGAUUUCGUGAUUCGAUAUAGAUUUCAUAAUGUAUGGAUAUUAUAACUUGAUUGUAUAUUAUCUGGUAAUCGAAUCCACGCUGAAGAGUGUCUGUGUUUAAAAAAAAAAGAAAAAUAUCUUUAAUAUAAUCAUGGUGGAGAUAGAUCUAACAAUAUUUCAUAUGUUGGAUGGGGGACGAUAUUAAACCUGUUAUUUGAAGAACCUGAUAGAUAUGGUAAAGCGUUCCACAUAGAGACAUCCUCUUCAGUUUUUGCUUGUUUUUUAUUCUUUUAUAUGUGAGGAAUCUAUGACGGACAACCCAGAAUGAUAACAUAAAUUUUAAUCUUGGAAAUUAAACAAAUAGUAUCAUUGCAUGCAUUAUAUUUAAUUUAUAUACACCAUUUUAAAGUUUGUAGACUAGAAGCGAUACCAAUUAGAGACUUUUUUGGGGGUCUGUCCCAAUUCCAUGUAAUCAGAGACUUCAUCAGUGGCUGUUUCGUUGUUCUUUUGAGGUAAAUUCUCCACCAUCCUAAUUUGAAAUUAUAUAAAUGAUCUCCCCUGAGAACGCCUGUGUCUUGACGUUGGCGAUGUUUGCAAUAUAUGAACAAAGGCUUUGUAUAGAAUUUGGAAAAUUGUACAGUUAAUUGAAUUAUGGGAAGUGAAACAUAUUAACUAAAAAAAAUUAAAUUAAAGUUGAAAGAGAUCAGAAAGUGAAAUUAAUUUGAUAAUUUGAUUUUCUUUGAUUGCUAAUGGUUUUGCAAUGUAUCAUGCAAUCCAGCCUUUUAUUAUUAUGGCUCUUAUUCGAUUAUGGCCCUCUUAGCGUAUGAUAUAGCCCCAGUGCUACAAGAUCUGGGCCCGUGACAAAAAGGGGCUUACAAUGGCCAUUGAAAGAUAGUUCAUUACUAUUCAGAGGUCGUACUAGCUGUAAAAGUCAUUCUACUUUUAAUUGUAAACAAAAACUUCGCUAAAAUGACUGCAAGGACCCAAUUAAAUAUACAAGAUGGCACGUACAAUGGGGUGCAGUGGCGUAGCUAGGAAUUUGCCAUCAUUUGUGGAACGGGGGAGACUUGACCUCUUUCGAACACUCAUUUGGAGGACCCCUCAAGUGGGGGCCCCAGGGGAUUUUCAAAUUCUUCCCCCUCAUUCCAUCCUAGCUACACCACUGAUGGGGUGUCAUUUGUGAAUGUAUUUAUACCUACACGAAGACUCGCUUUGGUUUUUAGUCACGCUCAAACUUCUAUUUUCUUAGUAAGUUGGGGGGUGGGAUCAUACUUUCUUGAACCCGGGCUCAGGGACACCUUGCUUCGCCAGAACCCUAAAGGUUGUUGGCUUAUAUAUCUAUAAUAUCUGUAGCAUUAAUAUCUGGCCAUGUAACAGUAGCAGCAUAAGAGCUCACAUGUUCGUAUAGCCUUUUUUUUUUAGUGCAUGUAAUUCAACUGAAAUAUUACGCUAUUCUUUUCGAGACUACAGCUUGUUUUAAUGAGAUACAUCGAGAUAAGGACAUAGCGAGAUGUUGAAAUAAAUGUACGAUGAAACGCUUGAGCGCUGAAUUUCAGUUGGUCAUAGAAACGUUCUCAAGUGGUCAAAACCCCAGGUUGUUCUAGUCAGAAAAUAGUCCAGUAGUUCUCAUUCGGUCGUGGAAUGGUCAUGUGGUUCUCUUUUAGUCAUAGACAAGUCCAGUAGCUCUCAGUAUGUCAGAUAACAGUCCAGUAGUUCUCAAGUGGUCAUAGAAAAGUCCAGUAGUUCUUUAGUGGUUAGAGAAAAGACCAAUAGAUCUCAGUAUGACAGAGGACAGUCCAGUAGUUCUCAAGUGGUCAGAGAGAA